AUGAGCGACAUCGAGAAACAGUACGAUCCGGCUGUGCCUGAUGCCGCGAAGGAGAGCGAUGAGAUUGGCAGGCAGCUAGAAGGCAUCGACCCCGUUCUGGAAGCGAAGAUUGUGCGCAAGCUUGAUCUUUUCGUCAUUCCGGUGGUAAUGCUGUUGUACUUGCUCAGUUUUCUGGACAGAGUCAACAUCGGUAAUGCCCGUCUAUAUGGUCUACAGGAAGAUCUGAAUAUGGGAGAUUCUCAAUUUCAGACAGCCGUCUCUAUACUGUUCGUCACGUACAUCCUGUCUGAAGUACCAUCAAAUCUGGUGCUGAAGAAACUUACGCCCUCGCGAUGGAUAGCCUUUAUCACUGUCGCAUGGGGUAUCAUCGCGACCUUGACCGGUAUCGUGCAGAGCUACGGCGGUCUAAUUGCAUGCCGUCUUCUUCUUGGCGCCGUGGAAGGAGGGCUGUUCCCCGGAAUGGCCAUUUACUUGACAUUCUUCUACACCAAGCGCGAACUUGCUCUACGCAUCGGAUACCUCUUCGUCUCUGCUGCCCUGGCUGGAGCCUGCGGCGGACUACUUGCGUACGCUAUUGGACAUAUGGAUGGUACGGCUGGCCUGCGCGGAUGGCGCUGGAUCAUGAUCAUCGAAGGUAUUCCUACCUUCGUCCUGGGUAUCGCGACCUGGUUCAUCCUGCCGGACACCCCGGAAACUGCCUACUUCUUCACGGCCGAAGAGAAGGCUUUCGCCGCCGCUCGCCUCAAGCGCCAGACAGGGUACACCAAGAAAGCAGCAGAAUUCCACUGGGAGGAUGUAAGGAAGUGCGUCAAGGACUGGAAAGUUUGGGUAUUCUGCUUUGCGCAAUUCGGAAGCGAUACCAUGCUUUACGGCUACUCUACCUUCCUGCCGACGAUUAUCAGGUCGAUCAACACUACCGCCAGCAGCGCGAUGGUGCAGGUCCUUACGAUCCCGUGUUAUGCACUAGGUGCAAUUACCUACUUGGUUGUUGCGCGUUUCUCCGAUAAACAGCAAAAGCGUGGGUUUUACAGCAUCUUGCUCGGUGUGGUGAGUAUCGUCGGAUACGCCAUGCUGAUCAGCGACGCCAGCUCUGGCGUGCAUUACGCUGGCUGCUUCCUUGUUGCAAUGGGCUUGUAUUUGAGCAUCGGUAAUUGUGCGGGUAUCAUGAGUGCUUUUAUCUAUCCCACGGCUGAUCGCCCCCGCUUCGUCAAGGGCCACGGUAUCACUAUGGCUAUGGUGGCUUUUGCUUGUAUAUGCUACGCUGUCAUGUGGUUCCAUCUUGGGCGCAUCAACUCGAGACGUGAGAAGGGUGAGGAAGAGCAUCUGGUUGAAGGGAUGAGCGAUGAGGAUAUUGCAGAGAUGGGCGAUGACAGCCCACGAUUCAGAUACACGAUUUAG